GCCUGUUUCUGGGAGCUGCUGGGCUACACAUGAGGUGGGGGCUCUGAAGAGGAGUUUCUGCCUGGCUGUACCACACUCUUCAUCUCUUCACCAUGCAGCACAAGGUGUUUUGGAGUGCCCUGGAGUACACCUGCCGAUUGCUGGGCAUCUCCACUGCAGCAGUACUGAUCGGUGUGGGCGUAGAAACUCUGCAGCGAGGACAGUUCAAAAGCCUGGCUUUCUAUCUGCUUUUUUCAGGGGUUGCAGUCGCUGUCUGUGAAGGCUUCUUCUUUAUCAGUUUGUUCCUGGAGAUGUGCUUCACUCACAAGCCUGAAUCCCUGGCACAGGCCUGCUGGAAGCGAGCUAGACGCCCGGGGAGCUUCCAGAAAUUCCUGGGGUACACGCUGCUGUCAGUGGCUUGCUUCCUGCAUCCCAUCCUUGUCUGGCACGUCACCAUUCCUGGGUCCAUGCUGGUGCUCACUGCCCUGGCCUACUUCCUGCUGAGCAAGAGGAGGAAGAGCCCAGAACACAAAGAGACGCAUCCCCAGGUGGGCCAGUAUGUGGACCCUUCAGCCACCGUGGCAGCCCCAACCAUCGUGGGUGACACUGAGCAGAUCUACACCUUCCACGGGACCCAGAGGGAGCAGCACCGCUCACUUCUGGGCCACAUGAAGAGCAUCCUGAAGGGCAGCAAGGACAGGAGCUCAGCCCCAGUAACUCCUGCCCAACCAGCAGCCAUGCCAGUCCCUCGCAAGCAAGUGCACUUCCAGGAGAAGGUGGUGCAGAUCAUCCCCUCUGUCAGUGAGAGCUUGGAGGAUGUGGAGAGUGAGGCUGAAGAGACCACAUCAGACACAACACCCAUCCUCACCCCACCUGAUGCCCCCAUCAUCCUCGCUCCACUCAGCUCCCCGGGGCUCUUUUGAGGCCUCAGCAGGAAUGAGGACAUGACAGACCUGCUACCCCUGGCACUGGCAUUGCUCCCUGAUGCUCCAGUAGCCAAAGGGCCCUCCCUCCGUCCAGGGUGGCAGCUGUGCUACCCCCGUCUUCAAGGGGUGCCCACACUACGUAGUCCCACAUGUUGUGGCAGGGCCAGGGGACAGGCAGUGGUUCAGCCAGGGUAGUGCCAGGACAGAGAGGUUUCUGCUCCCGUGUCCUCUCACACGGGUCACCCCUCUGUUACAGCACUACAAAUCACUGCAGCUGCUCCUGCCUAACCUCACAGCCGUGCCUCCCCUCUGGCAGCAACAGGCAGGACGAGCGGAGACUGACAUGCCCCAGAGCAGCCUCUGCUGGGGCAGUUGUCUCCCUCUGGUCCUUGCUGCACAUUGAAGAGCUCAGGGCUGGGGCACAUUCAGCACAGAGCACUGCAGCCUGCAGGUUCCCUUGCAGCAUCUGCACCAGCUGCAGCAGCCUGGGACAUCCAAAAUGGCAUUUCAGAGGUGGGCUGAGACCAAGUACAGCCCUGGUGCUGGCACCUGCUCAGUACUGCUCUUAAGACACACUCUGAGCCCAGCAGGGUAAUUACCUCUGGCCUUGGAAGCACCUAUGGGGCAGCAGGGAGCACCCUGGGGCUUCCUGGUGCCCCCUGC